AAGAUGGCUGCGCCCUAUGUAGUGGCAUGAAGCUGAGGUUCAGAUAAUUUAUAAAAUGUUAGAGGACCCUACGUGAUGUAUUUAGACUCGACAACUUGUUUUAUGUUUGUCUGGCCAUAACGCGGUGACAGAGGACCGGGAAAUACAACAGAGCCUCCCAAAUGCAGUCGCCAUAGAAACGCUGUCUCGGUCUCUCGUCUCGGCCCACUCACUCACGCCGUCAGGGAUGUGCCCGAGCUGGAGUGCUCGGCUCCACCAGCCGCAGCCUGAGGGAGCAGCGCUGUUUGCUGCCAUGCUUAGCGUAUACUCGAGAGAAUGUAGUGGGAGGCAGCGAGGAUUGUCAUUUCCUCCAGUCUGCUGCUCCAAAGGUCUCUGGCUGCCUGAGAUCCACAUGCAUCAGAGCAGUGAGAUUAGUCUCUUGAUGGGAGGCACAGUCAUGUUGGUGUCCAUGAGCAGGCUGAGUCGGUUUCCACUCUGCACAGCGGGGUCUUGUCGAAGCGCAGCUGAUCGCCUGAGCACAGGGCUCCGCCUUUUGUCCCCCGGCAUCCGCACCCUGUUCAGUGAGACAGGGGUUUGGGAAAAAGACUACCGAAGUGACACCAGACGCAGAGUGGAAGAAUGGUGGCACCCACGGAUUAUGGAGCAGUGGAGGAGGGACGCGCUGGAAGAGAAUUCAGACAGGAAGAAAUUUUAUGUCCUCUCUAUGUUCCCAUACCCAUCGGGGCGGCUGCACAUGGGUCACGUUCGAGUGUACACCAUCAGUGACACCAUCGGCCACUUCCAAAGAAUGAGGGGUCAUCAGGUGCUGAAUCCGAUGGGCUGGGACGCAUUUGGACUCCCUGCUGAGAAUGCAGCGAUAGAAAGAGGUCUUGAUCCGGAGGAGUGGACAAAGAGUAACAUACAGUCCAUGAGGGAGCAGCUAGACAGUCUGGGAUUGUGCUUCAACUGGGACCGGGAAGUUACCACUUGCCUUCCGGACUACUACAAAUGGACACAGUAUUUGUUUAUCAAGCUCUUUGAAGCCGGAUUGGCGUAUCAGAAGGAGCCACUCCUGGAUGCUCUGGAGGACCUCCCAGAGUGGUAUGGGGUCAAAGCCAUGCAGAAAAACUGGAUUGGAGACUGCACUGGAUGCUACUUUGAUUUCAAACUCAAGGUGAACGGGGAAGAGACGGGGGAGACCCUGUCAGCCUACUGCUCCUCCCCAGAGGCAGUUUACGGAGCAGCCUACCUGGCCAUCCUGCCCUCCCACCGACUGCUGCACGGUAGCAGCUUUUGCCGCUCCGCUCUGCAGAAAGCCUUUCAGCCGGGCAGAGACUCUCUGACUGAGGUCACAGCUCACAACCUGUUCACCAGCCACAAGGUUCCCCUGGUCAUCUCUCACAGGGAGGAAUUUGAUGGCUAUUUGGACACAGUGAUUGGUGUUCCAGACUGCAGUGAGGACGAUCUGUCUGUGGCCAGAGCUCUGAAUCUGAGUUGGACCACAGUGCUGAAAACCCAAGAGGAUGGCACACAAACUCUGAUCAACUCUGAGGAGUUCUCAAGCCUCACCAGAGAGCAGGCUUUUGACUCCAUUACCCAAAAAGCCAGAGAGCUAAAGGUGGGCGGCCACCUUACCAGUUCCAAACUCCGGGAUUGGUUGAUAUCCAGACAGCGGUACUGGGGCACACCCAUCCCUGUGGUGCAUUGUGGGACCUGUGGGUCUGUCGCAGUCCCUGAGGAGGAUUUACCAGUUACUCUACCAAAGAUACCCUCUUUCACAGGGAAAGGGGCGUCGCCUCUUGCAGCUGCACAUGACUGGGUCAACUGCAAAUGUCCAAGAUGUAAGGGCCCAGCGAGAAGGGAGACCGACACCAUGGACACAUUUGUGGACUCUGCUUGGUACUACUUUAGAUACACAGACCCUCAAAACUCACACAGGCCUUUCCAGCGCCACCUCGCAGACCACUGGCUGCCUGUGGACGUGUACAUCGGUGGGAAGGAGCAUGCUGUCAUGCACUUGUACUAUGCCCGCUUUCUCUGUCACUUCUGCAAGGAUCAGGGCCUUGUAGCCCACAGGGAGCCUUUUUGGAAACUUUUGGUCCAGGGUCUGAUCAAGGGCCAGACUUUCAAACUGGCAGACAGUGGCCAUUACCUGAAGAGAGAAGAAAUAGACUUCACAGACAAGGAGCCGGUAGCCUUGAGCGGUGAUCCUAUCGAGGUGACGUGGGAGAAGAUGAGCAAGUCCAAACACAAUGGACUGGACCCCCAAGAGGUGGUUCAGCAGUACGGCGUGGACACAGUCCGUCUCUACAUCCUUUACGCCGCACCGCCUGAACAAGACAUCCUCUGGAAUGUUAAAACGGAUGCUCUCCCGGGUGUUCUGAGAUGGCAGUCUCGGCUUUGGCAGUUGGUGACCAAGCUAAGAGGGGCACGGCAGCUUGGAGACACACCCAACCCCUCCUUGCUGAAAAAGAAGGAGGUGGCAGAGGCCAAGAAUAUCUGGGGGAACAAGAACUACGCGAUACAGGAGGUGACGGCUCACUUCACAGAGGACUUCCUCUUUAAUGCCGCCAUGUCUCGUCUAAUGGGACUCACCAACACACUGAGCAGUGCAACAGUGAGGGUGGUGCAGCACAGUGAGCAGUUCGAGGAAGCUCUGGCUGCCCUGGUCAUAAUGACGGCGCCCAUGGCUCCUCACUUGGCUUCUGAACUUUGGGCAGGUCUUUGCCAAGUGAAAAACCCCCUCAGCCCCACCCUCCAGCGGGGAGGAGACGUCCUGCACCAGUCCUGGCCGACCGUGGACCCCCAGUACCUGGAGGUGCCCGACUUUGUGGAAGUCUCUGUGUUGAUAAAUAACAAGGCCUGUGGGUCGGUGACAGUCCCUCUGCUGGUGUCCAAGGACUCUGAUCAGGUCCAGCAGCUGGUGCUGGACAGCCCCGUCGGACAGAAGUUCCUGAGGGAGCGCAGCAUCAAGCGAGUCAUCCUGUCCCCCAGGACGGCCCUCAUCAACUUCCUUGUUGAUGUGUAACAUUUUGUGAUGACCGACAGUGAAGAGACUCGGCACAGGGAAAAAACAAAAACAUUUAAAUGUCAUAAGAGAAAGACUGAGGGAGACUCAUUGACAUGUACAUAUUUUUAGAUAUUUUAUUUAUAUUUUCCUGUUUUUAUUAAAAGAUUGAAGGAG